AUGUGGUUACCAUCUCUGCUCCUCCUUCUCUGCACCUACAUCUCGGCCAACGAGCUGGCCGACGACUCUCUGCCGGUCUGCAAUUGCACGAACAAACCGACCAAAGACUACUACUACGACCUGGACACCCACAUGGACACGUUGCCGGAGCUGGAGUGCCGGCCCUGCCUCGAGGGCUCCAAGUGCGUUCAAGUCGGCGACAAAGCGCAAUGCCAGUGUGCGCCGUAUCGGUUCGGCCAGUAUUGCCAAUACGCCGAUUUGUGCCACAACGGGCGCAGUAAAUGUGUGGAUGGCGACUGUAAAAGUGACGUAAAUUUGCAUUCCAAAAAGUGUAUUUGCAACGAUGAUCGAGGCGGUGAAUUCUGCGAAUUUCAACGCCCAAAAGAGCAGAUUUUGCUGACGUUUGAGGUCAUGGAGCCUAUGGGCAUUCAGAACAUCUUGGAUGGGCUCUCCGUGGUGACAAAGAACGCUCAUUUAGGGGGAUUUGACAUCUUGGAGAGUGGAAAGGCGAUGUUUAAAAGUACCGGCAACUUGUGUAUGAAACAGAAGGUGGAUCAGAAUGAGGAUAUUGACCCGGAAGCCGAGGGAUUUGGUAGGUUUUUUGGGGGUAAAAAGCUGUAAACAGGAAGGUCCUUUAGGGGGUAAAACCAAGAAAUUGAACGGUCUUUGCUGUCCAAAGAGUAGGAGAUAUGCGGAGAACGGUCAGAGAGUAAAAGAUUUAGGCGAUAUCUUUGCGAGUUUCAUUCGAAAAAAAUCGAGGUUAUAUGGAAAAACUUUUCUCACCGGUAGAAGUGAGUACAAGAAUUUUCUUGCCAAAAUUCGCUAAAACGUGAAGUAUUAUUUUUCGUAUUUUUUGACUCAAAACAUCUUGGAACUACAGUACUUCAUGCCCUCUAAACUUGAGCCGGCUUUUCAGAGUUUUGUAGAUAAAAACCUCCCAUUAUAAUACAGCUUUUCACAGAGCUGUAGACCAAUGUUUGCACAUAGUAUUACAUAAUAUUCAUCUUUAACUCACUAUGUUUGCUAAAGGCAUCGUAUUUUACCUUAUUUUUUCAGUCCCUUACAAUGUAAUUGUCCAUGCGAGGAUAUUGAUGGCAUGCGGACGGCUGGCAGAACAUCAUCACACUGAGAUCUUCACUUGUUAUACCUCGGCCUACGAUGCGGUCCAUACAUUAAACAAUUUGAGGUUGUAUGAUGUGAGUUAUCUGUUUUGAAAUUUGGCUUAUCACAAGCAACUAUUUUAUAAUGUUUUUCGCUCUUACACUUUACAAAGUGUUAUAAAAUAAUAUAAUAUAUUCCUUUCAGCAAACCAAACGUUUCGGUCUCAACUUUGUUCACGCGGAAGUCGACAACUCCCUCUUCGAAUGCCAGCAUGCCAUUGGCCUGAUCAUCGGUCUCCUCGCGGUUGUAACGCUCUUCACGGUCGGGUACUGCCUAUACCAGCGGAUCUCAUAUCAACGGUACUUCCGGGGCUCGGGCGCGCGCGGCGCCGGCUCCGGCGACACGAUGAACAAACUGAUCGAACCGAACGGAUACUUUUGA